AUGGAUAACAGGAGGGUUUAUAAGUCGUAUAGGGAAAAACUAUCUAAUAAUGAUAAUGGGUUCAAACCUUAUUCAUUGAUAACUGGAAAAUUGAAGAGUUUGUUUCAGCUCAAAAAAUCAUCCCCAUCGAAUGAUGAGAAUCAAUCAUCAGCUUCAAGUAUAGCAACAACGAAAGUGAAUGAAUCUACUGGGGCCACACCACUGUUUAUAAAACCAUUCAAAUUCCCAGAACCGAAAUUAUCUGAAACAUUACCCACUAACAAAAAUUUUAAGUUACCAGGGUCAUUUACCAUUGUCUCACCAAAAGUGAAGAAACAACCACUGCAUCAAUUCGACGCUACUAUGAUAUCAAGUAGAUCGGGUCGUGUACAAUCCACUACUGAAUUAAACGAAGAUGCCUCAAUGAAUGAUGAUGGUGAUGGUGAUGCCGAUGUUACGGCAAAUGAGGCAUUGUCGAAUUUUUUCAAAAGAAAGGGAGAUAAACCACUAAAUGAUAUUGAAUAUGAAGGAGUUAUGGCAUUGAUAUCGAAGUCAAGGUCAGGAACACCAAUGAGAAAGAGAGUAAUGUCUGAAUCAUUCUUUGAUCAACCACAAAGAAAAAAGACCAAGAAUGAUACCGUGGGACAUGAUGUUGGACAAGAGCAAAAGACAUUGAUACACGAUGCUUCCAACAUCAGCUUCAACACAUCAGAAUACAAACCAAGCUACCAUACUGUUCAUAAUGAUACAUUUGACAGAAGCCAUAAUCAAUCAUAUAACAAUACUACUUCAAUGAUCCCUUCAAUAAAGAGAGUCUACCAAUUUUCAGGAUUACCUUCGCCAUACUCAACAAGAAUUAGACCUCCAAGUUCGUCAAGAAGACCACAAAGGGUUAGAGGGGAUAUAGACAGAUCAAUUAACGCCACAAUGACUGAUACUAGUAUUAACAAUACACUGGCUAAUAAAACCCACGAAUUUAAGAGUGAAACGUCUAAGUUAUUGUUAUCAAUUCUAGAUGGAAAAGGGGGUCCUGAAGUUCCCGAAGCAGAGGAAGAUGAGUCACAAAAGGGUGCUUUUAAGUUUGUUAAUCCAUAUUCUAAAAACGGACGUAGAGUUAUAUCGCGAUCCAAGAAAACCCCGGCUGCAAACGCAACUGUUGCAAAACCAAAAACAUCCAUUUCUAUUACAGCAAACGAUAUUGAAGAAACUAUAUCAUAUGACAAAUCAGAAAAGUUACCAGAAGAGCCUAAAGAUGCAUCCAUUGAGAAACAAUUGGAUAAGAAACUGGCCGAUAAAGAAAAUGGCAGCACGACUCCAGCAAAAGUUGCUGAAACCACCAAAACAAGUACCGUCGUGGAAGACAAAGCACCUCCAGCCACAAGCACACAAAGCACAUUUUCAUUCAAACCAAUUAGCAAUGGUUCACUGUUUUCUAGCAAAUCGUCAUCUGAAAGUACCAAGAAGAUUGAAGAACAAACGAAACCAACUUUUUCAUUCCCAACCACUAAUAAAUCGAACAAGCCAGAGAAAGAGUCUAAUACAGGAAUUGAUAAAUUUGCAACCGAAUUUGUAUUCCCUGAUGUUGACAUUAAGAAAGUUGCUAUUGAUUCAAAUAAAGUUGAUGAUUUCAAGUCAUUAUUCCAAUUUUAG